AUGGCUCAUUUGGAAAGAUUCCUGCCCAUGGACCACAGGUGCUGCAGCAUGAUGCCAGCUCUGGACAAGUUCCUGUGCUCCAGUGCCAUCCCUGCUAUCCACCCCUGCUGCAGGAGCUCCUUUGCCAUGCAUCCUGCCUGGAACACCAAGACCUGUGCUCCCCUGCGGUGCCAGUGGAUUGGGCGCUGCUUCCCCUCCCUUGGCCCAGCAUGGCAGAGGCUGAGCAUGUCACAGAGAUCAGCCAUCUUAGCCAAAAAUGUCCCUGUUCUGGUGAGAGGGGAGCAUGAUGGAUUUUAUUACCGUGGUACAGUAAAAGAGGAGGUGGAGAAUGAAAGGGGAAUGUUCCUGGUAGAGUUUACCAGACCACUUCAGUUGCAUGGAAGGCAUUCGGUACGUGUGCAAAAAACAGCAAAGGAUGACAUCCUGGAGUAUGCCAAUGGCAUGAAGCAUUCCUUGCUGCCGGGAGACAAAGUAUUGGCACCUUGGGAACCAGAUUUGGUGAGGUAUGGCCCUGGAACAGUCCUCACGGGCAUUGAGACGAGGGACUCCUUACGAGCCUCAGAAGAUGAAGAAAUUAUGGUUCAGUUCUGGAAUGACAAGAAAGUGAACCUGCCACGAGGUGUAGCACUGUGGAUCCCUUCUAGCCUUUGUGGGAGGAUUGUGGAGAUGAUCCACAUGCCUUUCUCCAGCAGGUUAAAGAGCAGAGAAAGUUUUGACACUAACUUGGGCAUUUUUUCCUGCAGCCGUAAAACCACCUGGGUUCCUGUUUGCGUUGCAUGUAGCAACGCUAAGCACAGCUUGCUCUGCUCACCCUGCUGGCCACUUCUCCACUGUUGUUGUGGUGGUACGUGCUGUUCAUCAGCCUGUGUCCACUGCUUCUGCUGCUGCCAUGGCCACUUUGAUGUUUGGUGGCCUCUUCCACCCAAGUCUCAGGUCUUUCAGAGAGAAGCUGAAGAGGCAGAGCCCAGCAGCAAAUCCUCUCCACACCUUCUAGAAGUGGAAGGUCCAAAACAACAGGAGUUAGCAGUUUUGGCAGCACGUUCCCCUUCUGACUCAGUAGGUGAUCUAGAGGUGUUCCCCACUCAGAGUGCUGUAGUGGAUGGUACUGUUAUAACAGACCCCAGUCAUCCUGAGAAGCCCAGGCUGGAGGAAUCUGCAGGACCCACGGGAAAUACUGGAAAAGGAACCACUACAAGUCUCAUGCCAGUAAUUCAGGAACUGGCAGACACAGCAGCAUAUGUGCAAAGGGCAAGUUAGAAUCCAAAGCCAUCUCUGUUGUAGGCAUGUCCCAUGUUGCACCACCUGAGCAGAGUGCAGUGUUGGAAACUACUGAGCAGCCUCCCAGAAGGCAAUUCACAAUGA